GUUGCUUCAGUGCGUCUGCGUCACCAACUCACCCAUAUGUAAUCACUCGGUAAUUUGGUCGUGAUCCUCGCCAUAUAUAGCAUCCUGUGUAGCCGUUGCUGCGACGGGCCGCUCAUUCUCCGAUCAUCAUCAUGUCCACCAUCAUCAUACCGAGCCCCGUGCCGUCGCCCGCCGACGACGCCGAGAGCAUCAGGAAGGCGCUCCAAGGAUGGCGGGCGGACAAGGAGGCCCUGGUCCGGAUACUGGCUCAACGGACGGCGGCGCAGCGGUCGGGGAUACGCCGCGCCUACGCCUUCCUCUUCCGGGAGCCCAUGCUCAACUCCUUCCGGCAGAGGCUCUCCCGCCAGUACUGCCCCGUCUCCCUCGACUUCUGGAAGGCGAUCAUCCUGUGGACGAUGGACCCGGCGGAGCGGGACGCGAACCUGGUGCACGGCGCGCUGAAGCGGAGGGAGGGCGACUUCGUCUCCGUGCUGGUCGAGGUCGCCUGCGCCUCCACACCCGACCACCUCGUCGCCGUCAGGCGCGCCUACUGCUCCCUCUUCGGCUGCUCCGUCGAGGAGGACCUCGCGUCUUCCUCCGCGUUCGAGCAGCCUCUGAAGAAGAUGCUGGUGAGCCUGGUGAGCUCCUACCGCUACAGCGGGGUGCGCGUCAACGAGGAGGUGGCGAAGCUGGAGGCGGCUCAGCUGUCGGAGGCCAUGAGGAAGAAAGAGCCGCACCGCGACGAGGUGAUACGGAUCGUGAGCACCCGGAGCAAGGCCCAGCUCGGGGCGACGCUCCAGCGGUACAGAGACGAACAUGACGGGACAGACUUCGUCGAGGACAUCGACAGCCACUGCAGCAGCCAGUUCGCCAAGACGCUGAAGAUCGCAGUCUGGUGCCUGACGUCGCCUGAGAAGCACUUCGCGGAGGUGAUCAGGGAGUCGAUAGCGGGGCUGGGCACGUACGAGGACAUGCUGACCAGGGCGAUCGUGUCGCGGGCGGAGAUCGACAUGAGGCAGAUCAAGGCGGAGUACACGGUGAGGUUCAAGACCACCGUCACGCGCGACGUCGUCGACGACACCUCCUUCGGCUACAGGGACUUGCUGCUGGCGCUGGUCGGCUGCGAGGAAGAGGGUGCAGAAACCAUGCGACGAUGCAUUCCAUGCUGAUUACGUGUGAUGUGAACAGCAGAUUCGAAGACUGGUCACAGAAUUGCGCCUCUGGAUUCCGUUGGCUGCUAUUGUUCAGAAUUGGUUUUAUUUGUGGUGUUGGGUAAAAAACUUCCUCUGCUUUUUGUACCGUGGCUGGAAUUUGGGA